GCAGACGCUGUCAGCUCGGUAGUGCGCGCGGCCGGCUCGCUGUCCCCCCGCAGCCGCGAAUGUUGCCAGUGAACUUCCCCCGAGUGCCGAUAUUUCCACCGGUUAUAAACUUUAUUUACAACGGAUUUUGGCCGAAUGCGGUUCAGGACUUAAUUUGAACGUGACUCUGCGGACAACAUUACAAGCCUGCUCGAGAACAGAAAUGUGUUUCAAUAAAUAUUUGAUCAAAUUAGCCGACUACUUUCGAUUACAUACUACUCGUUAAACUCGAGGAAGAGAGUCAUCGAAAAUGAUCGCCCACAACAAAAUCGUGUUCACGAAGCUGCUGCUGUGCCUGUGGGUCUCGAGCGCGUGGGGCCGGUCGUGGGCGAACCACCACGAUACCACCACGUCCACCACCCAGACCACGCCCACCACCAGCUCGGCACCCAAGAACUUCCACAAUGAUCCGCUAGUCGUCGAAACCAAGAGCGGCCUCGUCAAGGGCUACGCCAAGACGGUCAUGGGCCGGGAGGUCCACAUAUUCACCGGCAUCCCGUUCGCCAAACCCCCACUGGGUCCACUGAGAUUCAGGAAGCCCGUGCCCAUCGACCCCUGGCACGGGGUUCUCGAGGCGACCGCCAUGCCCAACAGCUGCUACCAGGAGAGAUACGAGUACUUUCCGGGAUUCGAGGGGGAGGAGAUGUGGAACCCGAAUACCAAUAUUUCAGAAGACUGUCUCUAUUUAAAUAUUUGGGUGCCUCAGCAUUUACGUGUGCGGCAUCACCAGGAUAAGCCUCUCGCCGAACGGCCGAAGGUACCUAUUUUAGUGUGGAUCUACGGGGGCGGCUACAUGAGCGGCACGGCCACUCUCGACCUGUAUAAGGCUGACAUAAUGGCUUCUUCGAGCGACGUCAUCGUGGCAUCGAUGCAGUACAGAGUCGGGGCGUUCGGGUUUUUGUAUUUGAAUAAGUUUUUUUCACCCGGAAGCGAGGAGGCGCCUGGUAACAUGGGACUCUGGGAUCAACAGCUAGCUAUACGUUGGAUCAAGGAUAACGCGCGCGCUUUCGGUGGCGAUCCCGAGUUGAUCACGUUGUUUGGGGAGUCGGCCGGCGGAGGGAGCGUGAGUCUUCACAUGCUGUCGCCGGAAAUGAAGGGCCUGUUCAAGAGAGGUAUUUUGCAGUCGGGAACAUUGAACGCACCCUGGAGCUGGAUGACCGGGGAGAGGGCUCAGGACAUAGGGAAGAUCCUGAUCGACGAUUGCAAUUGUAACAGCAGUCUGCUCGCCGCGGACCCGAGCUUGGUCAUGGACUGUAUGCGCGGCGUCGACGCUAAAACUAUAUCCGUUCAGCAGUGGAACUCGUACACCGGCAUCCUGGGUUUCCCUUCGGCGCCGACUGUCGACGGGGUGUUUCUCCCGAAAGACCCAGAUACUAUGAUGAAGGAAGGGAAGUUCCACAAUGCAGAAGUUUUGCUCGGCAGUAAUCAGGAUGAAGGGACGUAUUUCCUGCUGUACGAUUUUCUCGAUUACUUCGAGAAGGACGCUCCCAGCUUCCUUCAACGAGAUAAAUUUUUAGAAAUAGUCGACACAAUCUUCAAGGACUUUUCUAAAAUCAAGCGAGAAGCAAUCGUCUUUCAAUAUACCGACUGGGAGGAGAUAACGGACGGGUACCUCAACCAGAAGAUGAUCGCGGACGUGGUGGGCGACUACUUCUUCGUGUGCCCCACCAACUACUUCGCUGAAGUACUGGCCGACUCCGGCGUCGACGUCUACUACUACUAUUUCACACACCGCACUAGCACCAGUCUAUGGGGUGAGUGGAUGGGGGUGAUGCACGGGGACGAGAUGGAGUAUGUGUUCGGACACCCCCUCAACAUGUCCCUGCAGUACCACACGCGCGAGCGCGACCUGGCAGCACACAUCAUGCAGUCCUUCACCAGAUUCGCGCUGACUGGGAAGCCUCACAAGCCGGACGAGAAGUGGCCGCUGUACUCGCGGUCGUCGCCCCACUACUACACCUACACGGCGGACGGCGCGCCCGGCCCGGCCGGCCCGCGCGGCCCGCGCGCCUCCGCCUGCGCCUUCUGGAAUGACUUCCUCAACAAGCUCAGCGAGUUGGAGCAGGCCCCGUGCGAUGGUGCCGUGACGGGCCCGUACAGCAGCGUGGCCGGCACCACUCUGCCCAUCGUGCUGCUCACCACCAUGGCCACAACACUAGCCCUGUAGAUCUACGAUCAAUAUUAUAAUCACGUGUUAUACAUAUCAUUUUAAUAGGAAAUAUUUUCGAGCGUUGUUCGGGUGGACGGUUCGCGAACGUUUCGUCGGAUGGAACUUUGAUCAGUGGAAAUUGUGGAAAAACUGAUGUUCGACGUGUAUGUUAUAAUGUUUAACUUUCAACGGUAGAUGAAAUAUUUUACGAUCGAUUUUCUUCGCGGCUUUUAGCGGCCAGGAACUAAAAUGAAAUUUAAAUCAUAUUUUAUAGUUUAUACUUACUCGUAAUAUAUAGAGUUACGAUACUAGUAGGCUUUGUAAUUCAGUUUAUACAAUGUUCCUCUACCUUGUAGAAUAGAGUUGGUUGUAUUGAUUUAUGUGAGUCAUUCGUUUGUGUGUUAUGAAUGUUGGCUUUAAUUGUUAAAGUGAUGCUUUCACUCUCACGGGGCUGCAAUAUUGUAUUGGACACCGAGCUCUGAAAAAAGGGGAUUCAUUUUUGGGAGUAGAUGAACACAUUAUAUAAGAUGGUUAUACUUAUAUUUUGCGGAAAUAUUUAUUAUCUUUGUAAUAUUUAUAAUUUAUUUACUAUUUUCAAACUUCUUGCCGGUGACUUGUCCGGUUAUAAUUUUUAAAUUACAAUUAUUAUGAAAGGGCAUUGUACCUGCAGCUAGAGCAGGCCGUGUCGUAAUACAAUACUGUGCGCACCAACUUAUCACUAUACAUAUCAAUGUGUGCCUCUGCUUAUAUAGCAAAUGAUACAUAUCUCAUUUGUAGUAAAUUUUUAGAAUUUUAUAUCGACAUUCGGUCGAGUGCACGUUGUGAGACGAAUUUUUAAACAAAAUAUUUGUAACUAUAAGGAAAUAAAUCGGUAACAUAAGGAUCUUAUGAAUUUCAAAUUCUUAUGACUUUGAACAAAUAAUAGUAUUUAUUGUAAAUAUACCUUCUUACGAUUAUAGCGCGUAUCCCGACGUAAUAGGUACCUAUAUCCUGUACAUGUAUUUAUAUAGUAUUUACAAUCCGACAUGACUACUGCCACGCAGUCGCUACACUGUAUUCUAGACGUAAACUGGUGUAACACUAUACAAGUGAUGUAGGUAGACUUAGUGAUCGUUUAUACCUAUACGUACGAGAGUAGUGAUUGUAAACUUUUCCGUUUAACGUAAUGUAUAGCAUAGCGAUGCUUUAAGUGGAAAUCGUCUUAUGAAUUUAGUAAAUCUUAUAAAAUAUUUGUAAUAAAGAGAUAUGAAAUUAGCGUUAGAAACGUUUCUAUGCGAUUGUCAAUUAAUCUUGGGCGAGAUUGAGCUGUAUAUGAAAUUUAAUACCUCUUCCAUGAUAUUUACUACCUACGGUACUACCAAAGUAAAAGGAGGGGAAGUAAGUUAUCUUCAUACAAAGGCAC